AUGGAAAGGCUAAUGCAGAGACAGCACGAAUUCGCCAAGAAGCCUGGUGGAGAGCCUGACGAAUUUCUUGGAGGAAUCUUCAUUCUUGACCUGAAAGAUAAGAAAGCGUCUGACAAGGUCAAGCGUUGGGCCGAGAUCGAAGGGAGGGACAAAAACGAGCGGAUGCUUGGGUUACGUUUUGUUCACGGCACUCUAGAUCUGGAUAUCGAAAGAUGGAACGGAUGA